AUGAGCGUGCCGCUGCGCGCCAUGACGGUCGCCGCCCUCGCGGGCUGCGGGCUGCUCAUCGUCGUCUACCGCGUCCGCUCCACCAAGUACCUGGCCCAGGUGUUCGCCAUGGUCUGGUCCGCCCAGCUGCUGGCCUGGCUGCUGUGGACGACGCUCGUCUACCCUCACUACACGUCGCCGCUGCGGCGCAUCCCGACGGCCCCCGGCGCGCACUGGGUCUUUGGCCACGGGCCCAAGAUCCUGGCCGCGAACCCGGGCGCGUCCUUGCGCGAGUGGAUCACGACAGUGCCGCACAACGGGCUCAUCCGCUACUUCUUCUUCUUCAACCGCGAGCGCGUCAUCGUCACCUCGCCCAAGGCGCUCGCCGAGGUGCUCGUCACCAAAAACUACCUCUUCCCCAAGCCCGACGCCGUGCGCACCUCGCUUGGCCGCGUCCUCGGCUACGGCAUCCUGCUGGCCGAGGGCGACGAGCACAAGGUCCAGCGCAAGAACCUGCUGCCGGCCUUUCACUUCCGCCACGUCAAGAGCCUGUACCCGACCUUCUGGCGCAAGGCCCGCGAGCUGCUCGACGCCAUGGAGGUGGCCGUGCGUGCCGGGGACGAUGACGAUGACGGCGCUGUCCUCGAGGUCAACUCGUGGGCGUCGCGGUGCACGCUCGACAUCAUCGGCGUCGCGGGCAUGGGCGUCGACUUUGGCGCCAUCCAGGACGAGAAUAACCCGCUGGCCAGCACCUACAUCAACCUGUCGACGCCCACGCGCCAGGCCAAGGUGCUCAUGGUGCUGGGCAUGGUGCUGCCGGGCUGGCUCAUCACCCAUCUGCCCAUCAAGCGCAACGACGACAUCAACGCCGCGGCGCAGCGAAUCCGCGGCGUAUGCCGCGACCUGGUCGUCGAGAAACGGAGACGGCUGGCCAGCAAGGAGCCGCUAGACCCGGACAUCAUCUCGGUGGCGCUCGAGAGCGGCCUCUUCACCGAUGAGCAGCUCGUCGACCAGCUCAUGACGUUCCUGGCGGCCGGCCACGACACGACGGCUUCGGCGCUGACGUGGGCGCUGUACAUGAUGACGCGCCACCCGGAGAUGCAGCAGCGGCUGCGCGACGAGGUGCGCGCCGCGCUGCCCUCGCCGUCCGCGGAUGCCGACUCGGACAUCUCGAGCGCCGACAUCGACCGCCUGCCGUACCUCAACGCCUUCUGCAGCGAGGUGCUGCGCGUCUUCAGCCCCGUGCCGCAGACGAUACGCGAGGCGGCCUGCGACACGACGAUCCAGGGCCAGUUCAUCCCGCGGGGCACGCGCAUCAUGCUCUCCCCCUGGGGCACCAACGUCGAGCCGGGCCUCUGGGGCAAGGACGCCGCCGAGUUCAAGCCGGAGCGGUGGCUGUCCGGCGGCGGCGGCGGUAGCGUUGGGGGUGGAGGCGACGGGAGCGGCGCAAGCAGCAUCGGCGGCGGCGGCGCGGAGAGCAACUACGCCUUCAUGACGUUCCUGCACGGGCCGCGCAGCUGCAUAGGAGCGGCGUUUGCGCGGGCGGAGCUGGCGUGCCUGCUGGCGGCGUGCGUGGGGCGCUUCGAGUACGAGCUGGCGGACGAGGCCAUGGCGGACGAGCGCAACAUCAAGCUCAAGGCGGCGGUGACGGCGCGGCCGGCGUACGGGAUGCCGCUGCGGACGCGGGUGGUGGAGGGCUGGUGA